AUGCGUCUGUUCAGUAGAAGAAAGAAGUCAAACACACCAGCUGUUCAAACACCAGAGUUAACUCCAUUAAAACUUGUGAAAUCUCUCUCUGGAACUUCGAAAGUUGGAUUCGGAAUGGUGUUCCCAUCAAGGUUGACGAGUUCUACCACACGACCCCACGUUGUGCCAGAGGUGAAAGAGGUGAUUGAGAGGAAGAUGAUCACGCUGAGGGUUUUGGUCGAUGAUUUCAAUCCCGGAAAGACCAGUAUGCCUUUUCUCGUAGAGGUGGACGGGGAUGGAGAUAUUGGGGAUCUGAGAAGGGCGAUAGUAGGACAUAUUGGAGAACACUCCAUGUCUUUGUUCAAGGUAUCAAUCCCUCUCGAUGCACAUUCACAAGCUAUCACCUAUGUAAAGAAAUAUAAUACUUCGGUUGAUCUUCUUACGGCGUUCCCUUCCUUUAAUCUGGACGAUCCGGCUCAGCUCGCCAUCAGUCGUGCAUUGGGUCGAUGGCAUGCCCCUGUCACAAUGUCAGAACCGGAGGUGGAUCCCAUUUUGAAGAUUAAUGAUUGGUUCUCUGAUUCUAGUGGGAAAGAUGUAAUAGAUGUGCUUGUUCGUAUUAUGCCUGGGUCAAGUGCCGAUAUCCCUCUUACCAUUCUGGCACAUUUCGCAUCUUCCGAUUCACCUCGCCAACGUACCUCUACUCCCACUCCUAAACCCACUCGUCGACCGCCGACAUGUCUCACCGUAUCUUCCAAGAGCACCAUCAACGAACUCAAACGUUGCGUCCUUCUCGCCGACGGCAGACCCGCUCUUCCUGAACUUGCAGAACAAAUCAUCCUGUGGCGAGUGGACAUGAGUGAAGAAGAAAUGAUUGUCAUUGAGGAUCGUGGAGGACUAAAAGAUGGACAAAUGCCAUGGCCUUAUCCUCCGACCGCUCCUGUCCCAAUAUCCCUUUCCGACCCUGAUCAAAGGAUUGACCAACACUUCUUGGAGGAACAUUCCAACGUUCGGAUGGUCAGUUUAUCAAUAUGGAUCCCACCUUCUAUAGCUUAUCAACUCUCCCGUCCAACUUCAAAUAACACGAUCGAAGUCCCGGUCUUCAGAUAUCCAAUGAACUUUGAAACUCCUUCAGUCUCCUUGUGUACCGAAAGUCGACCUUCCAUCACACCUGUGAGACCCAAGAGACAUCGACCUUCAACAGCACCAGCAUCCGUGGUACACCCUAUCACUUCUCGCUCCGCUUCUCUAUCUUCAGUCCCGAUCACACCUAUUACACCUAUUACACCCAAGGAGAGGAAAGGAGAAAGAAUCAGACAUUCGUCUUACGAUAUGAGACCAACUCUUCCUUCACCAUUAUCAGCUCCUAUCAUCCCAACAGCUGGAGGUUGGGUAGGAGGGAUGAGUCAUAAGAUGCAAAGGGUCGUCGUUGGCGGAUCAGACCAAGGAGUUACAAUCACUCAGUCAGACCAUCGACGUCACAUACGACAAUCUUCAAGUGGAACAAGUGAAGUGAAGAUUGGUAAAUCGUACGAAACACCAAAGACCAGAAUAAGAGAAUCAUUUUCAUCUCAAGUUGAUUCAGACAUCGAAUCGCCCCCAGAAUUGACAUUAUCCAAAUUAUCUUUUUCUAGUGAUAUUUCUGAAGACAUCCAGACUCCAUUGGCUGAGACAAAGGGGGAAUGGUUGUUCGGUUCCUCAGGAUCGAAUGUACGUAAAGAGAUGAUAAGAGGAAGUAUGAGUAUGAGGGGUAGAAGUGAAUCCUCGCCUUAUCGAUUUUAG